UGAUGAACCCUUUCGUUAGUUCGCCUUCUACAAAUCUGCAUGUGUUUUCUGUUCUUUCUAAUUUUGUCUCUGUUUUUCUCAUAUUAAUUUCUAAUUUUUAUGUACUUGAUUAGUUUUUUUUCUUGGUAGCUUUUACAUUUCGUGCUUCUUUUUUAAUUAUACCUAGCAUUAUUUACUUGUUAUUUCUUAUGUUAGUAUGUUCCAAAAAGUUGUUAUUUCUUAUGUUACUAUGUUCCAAAAAGAAUAGAGUACAAGUAUUGGUGAAGGGCCGCAUCAUCCCUAGUAUGCGAUGUAGAUAACUUACUUAUGAUGCAAGCAUUAGUGACUGCUUCUACGGCUCGAAAUUACAUGGAGUCAACUUUACCGUUGCUCCAAUGACCCUUCAAUUUGUUUCUUUAUUUAGAAUUAAUUUAACUUUAAACUUUUCAUUUUACGUCUAUAGAUUAUUUAUAGCUUCAUUGAAUUCACAUACUCUUAUCACUAAAUCAUAGUAGUUGUUAAUUCAGAAGUCUUUCGUUACUUCUUAAACUUCGUGCCUAAUCAGACGCUAUACAUAAAUUGGAGUUGUUAUUAAUAUUCUAAAGAUUUCAACUAUGAUCUUUUGUGCAGGUUGAUAUUUUUGUCACGCAAUUAGUUCUUAGCUAGUAUACUAGUAUAGGAUUGUAACAUCAGGGGCUCGUGUCAACACGAUUGGUUCAGCACAAUUUGUUAGACAUUUUAUGUCGCACUUAUGAUGGUGUAAAUAAAGCAGUGAGGAUUCAUACAGCCGACUCAAAAAUUUAUUUGAGACUGAGGCAUAGUUGUUGUUGUUGUUGUUGUUUAUGUCGCCCUCGUGAUGGAAGCAAAGAAAAUCAUUGCAAUAUGCCAAUCUGGUGGUGAAUUUGUGACCAAUGAGGAAAAUGGGACGUUGAGUUACACAGGAGGUGAUGCAUAUGCUGUAGAUAUUGAUGAGAAAAUGAAUGUGAAUGCUUUUAAGCAAGAAUUAGCUGACACAUUUCAGUUUAGUACUGAGGAGAUUACUAUAAAGUAUUUUCUACCUGGGAAUAAAAAGACACUGAUCACAGUAUCCAAAGAUAAGGACGUAAAACGUAUGGUCAACUUUUUUAAGGAUUCUGAGCAAGUGGAAGUCUUUGUUGUUGCUGAGGAAGUUGUUGUUGCACCAAAUGUGUCCACGUUGCCUGCCAGUAGGUCCAGCAAGACAACUAUGUCCGAGACAGCACUUUCUCCUACUACCCCUGUGGAUAUGACUCAUCCCGAUGAUCGACUUAUGGUUGAUACGCCCAUGGAUACGACACCGUUAGGUACUUUUCCGAGUAGCAAUGACGACAAGCACCGUAGGGCAGCUACACAGUGGGAGAACUCCAUUACUGGUGUGGACCAAAGAUUCAGUAGUUUUACUGAAUUUCGUGAAGCCUUACAUAAGUACUCGAUUGCGCAUGGAUUUACAUAUAAAUAUAAGAAGAAUGAUAGUCACAGAGUAACGGUUAAAUGCAAGUCUGAGGGUUGUCCUUGGCGUAUAUAUGCGUCAAGGUUGGCUACUACCCAGCUGAUAUGUGUUAAGAAAAUGAAUAAAAACCAUACAUGCGAAGGAGCUGCCGUGAAAGCCGGAUAUCGAGCAACAAGGGGAUGGGUGGGAAGUAUAAUUAAGGAAAAGUUGAAGUCUUCUCCUAAUUACAAGCCAAAGGAUAUCGCCACUGACAUCAAACGUGAAUAUGGCAUUCAGUUGAACUAUUCUCAGGCAUGGCGUGCAAAAGAGAUUGCAAGAGAGCAACUUCAGGGUUCUUAUGAAGAAGCAUACAGCCAAGUACCUUUAGUUUGUGAGUGUAUCAUGGAAACUAAUGCCGGUAGUCUUGCUACAUUUGCCACGAAGGAGGACUCGAGUUUCCACCGGCUAUUUGUCUCGUUUCAUGCUUCAAUAUAUGGCUUUCAACAAGGCUGCCGCCCUCUUCUUUUCCUUGAUAGCACUGUUCUCUAUGCAAAAUAUCAAGGAACCCUAUUGGCUGCCGUGGGUGCAGAUGGGAAUGAUGGUGUCUUUCCAGUAGCCUUUGCAGUUGUAGAUGAGGAGACAGACGACAACUGGCAUUGGUUUCUUUCUGAACUUAAAUCUGCUGUCUCAACUUCUCGACCAAUAACAUUUGUUUCUGAUUUCCAAAAUGGUAUAAAAGAGUCAUUAUGUGAUAUAUUCAGCAAAGAUUGCUACCAUGGUUAUUGUCUUCGGUACCUUGGUGAGAAAUUAAAUAAGGAUCUGCAUGGGAGGUUUUCACAUGAAGCAAGGCGUCUUAUGAUCCAAGAUUUAUAUGCUGCUGCUUAUGCUCCAAAGCUGGAUGAUUUUGAGCACUGCGUUGAGAACAUAAAGGCCAUCUCACCCGAUGCUUACAGUUGGGUCGUACGAAGUGAGCCUGAUCACUGGGCAAAUGCCUUUUUCGGAGGGGCGAGGUAUAACCACAUGACUUCUAACUUUGGACAACUUUUUCGUGAUUGGGUAUCCGAUGUGAGUGAGCUUCCAAUUACUCAGAUGGUCGAUGCCUUACGUGGAAAGAUGAUGGAACUGAUUUAUACAAGGCGUGUUGAUUCUAGUCAGUGGCUUACAAGAUUGACGCCUUCUAUGGAAGAAAAGCUUCAGAAUGAGACGUUAAAGGCAAGAUCACUUCAAGUAUUACACUCACAUGGGAGCACAUUUGAAGUUCGUGGCGAAGCUGUUGAUAUAGUUGAUAUUGACAAUUGGGAUUGUAGUUGCAAAGCAUGGCAGCUUAGUGGUUUGCCUUGCUGCCAUGCUAUUGCUAUUCUCGAAUGUCUGGGAAGGAGCCCGUAUGAUUAUUGCUCCAGAUAUUUCACAACUGAGAGCUACUGUUUGACAUACUCAGAAUCAAUCAACCCAGUACCCCUUCUGGAAAAGCCCGUAAAAGGUGAAGUAGACAUGGCAAUCGUUGUCAGUCCUCCUCCAACAAAACGUCCACCUGGCCGACCAAAGAUGAAACAACCGGACUCUGUUGAGAUAAUUAAACGUCAACUUCAGUGUAGCAAAUGCAAGGGCCUCGGCCACAAUAAGAAGACAUGCGAGAAGGCAAAUAAGAUUUAUGGAUCUGAUCCUCUACUUAUCGCCAUGGCAACUGAAGAACCUGAAGUCACUGCAUGAGAUUUGGUAUCUUCUUCUCCUAUGUAUAUAAGAAAGUCAUUUCUAAAGUCUCUAGAUACUAGUCUUAGACAUCCCUUCGGGACAAUAGCUGAUUUAGGUAGACUUCUAUUUAUUAGUUUUUUGUAGUGACAAUUUUAUAUUCAGAAGUUUUGCUGUAAGAUUCAUUAUGAGAAUCAACCUUGCCACCCUUUCUGCCCCUAUGGAAAUGGAAACAAAAUUUGGGUUUU